AUGGCGUGGGGUAAGAAAGCGCAUCCGCCGCCUCCUUCGACUAUUAGUCAAGUCCUCCCCCUCAUCAUCACCGUCGUCUUCCUUGCGAGCGUUGCCUGGGUGCUCUGGCAGGUCUACAUCUCCGUCACCAAGAUUCAGGAGUCGGCCUCGGAGCGCAUGGGCAAGAAGAACGUUGUCUUCACUAAAGAUGGCGUGAGGGUCGGCGUCAGGCACACCUCGACCGAGAACUAUGUCGACCAGACUCAGAGCUGGGUCGUCAAGGCCUGGAACCUGAGUGGGAAUACCGUUGGCCAGAUCAAAAAGACCAAGUAG